AUGGUCCUUGAGCGCACUUACAUUAUGGUUAAGCCCGACGGUGUCGAGCGUGGUCUCGUUGGUGAGAUCAUCAAGCGUUUCGAGAACAAGGGUUUCCAGCUCAUUGCCCUCGAGCUCAAGACCCCCACCCGUGACCUUCUCGAGAAGCACUACGCUGACCUCUCCUCCAAGCCCUUCUUUGGUGGUCUCAUGAACUACAUGACCUCCGGCCCCGUUGUCGCCAUGGUCUGGUCCGGAAAGGGUGUUGUCAAGUCUGGCCGUGUCCUCCUCGGUGAGACCAACCCCCUCGCCUCCCUCCCCGGCACCAUCCGCGGUGACUUCUGCAUUGAUGUCGGCCGCAACCUCUGCCACGGUUCCGACUCUGUCGAGAACGCCGAGAAGGAGAUCUCCCUCUGGUUCCCCCACGGUGUCAUCUCCCACACCCGCGUCAUGGAGAAGCUCAUCUACGAGUAA